CUUGCCGGCGGCAUCUGUGUCGAGGCAUCGCGUUACUACGGUACUCGCGGCAAAAGGGAGUAGCUCGGAAUACUAGAGGAAUCGCGUACUAAACUCCGUCCGGUCAGUUCGUCAGUUGUGCUCCAACCGUUCGUGUCGUCAGUCGUUCGCGCACCGAGACCUUUCGUAAUUCCUCCAACGAGAGACGCUCUCACUAAAGUUCGACAUACGUUUGCAAUCGAUUAAAUCGAAUACGUGCGGAAUACACGUGUCAGUGUUUGUUGUCCCGAUCGCGCCAAUUCUGUCAGCGAAGUUUUGCUCCCUUUCGGUUUAUCGAUCCCUGAACAAGCCAUUUUCGCGCGUAAUUUUUUCACGUGCAACAAGCACAAAGAGAACAUCUUGGAUUGAAAGAUUGAGGUGUCCUCGUGAUCAUCCCGGAGAACGCUACGUCGAGCACGUCAACACGCGUAAAACACGCGUCUCAUUGUAAGAAGUAGGAGCACCGUCGUCGCGUCCAUCGACUUCAAACUCGCGAGGCGGCAUGACGCAACGCAAUCGGCGAAUCGAUUAAACAUCGCGAAAAAAGAAACGAGCAGUCGCGAAGUCGACUAUCAUCGAUUGACGAAGAAUCCACGUUUAGUGGCGAAGAUCGAACGCCGAGGUAAUCUCUCUCUUCUUCACAUCGCGCCCACGUAGUGCAUCUCGUUCUCACGCUGAUAAUACAAUUGUGACGAUCGUGCGUGACAAGCAGUCAGAAUGGCUCUCUUCCGGAAAUUCAAUGAGAAGAUUCCUCGAAGAGGGAUUCUGGGGGCGAUGAUGUUCCUGGCCUGCAUGUUCUCCUACGUCAUUCGUACCAAUCUAUCCAUAACUAUUGUCGCUAUGGUAAAUGUUACGGGCAAAGAUGGUGGCGUAGGUCCAGCGUGUAGUGUAGCAGAUCUAAAUACCAAUAAGACAGUCGUGCUCAAAGAUUUUGGAGAACGUUUCGAAUGGAAUCAACAUAUUCAAGGACUGUUACUAUCAGGAUAUUUUUAUGGUGUUCUACCAGCUAGUGUACCCGCUGGACUCUUAGCCGAAAAAUACGGAGGUUCUAAAGUAGUGGCAUUCGCCACGUUAAUACCCGCAGUAUUAAAUCUUUUGAUGCCAUGGGCUGCUUCUGUUCACUACGGUUUCGUCUUUGCACUUCGUUUUGUAAUGGGAUUUUUCGGAGGCGCCGUUUAUCCUGCUCUCCAUGCGAUGAUUGCUAGAUGGGUGCCUCCUGGUGAAAAGGGCAUGUUUGUGUGGACUAUGCAAGGUGGUCCAUUCGGAACCGUUGUGACAUUCGCUUUAUGUGGCGCGGUGAUCAGUGCUUACGGAUGGAAAACUGCAUUUUAUGUUACAAGUGGGCUUAUGUUAGUUUUUUAUGCUUUAUGGGUAUACCUAAUAUACGAUACACCGGACUCGCAUCCCGGGAUCACCGAAAAGGAGAAAAAGUACAUAAAAGAACAGAUUGGCACUAGCGUUUCGAAGCAAAAGGUCCAAUUACCAGUAAAGGCAGUCGCCACAUCUGCACCGUUCUUAGUAUUACUAUGGUCUCACUUUGCAAACAUGUGGGGUAUAUAUUUUAUCGCUACAAAUGGGCCGAAAUACACGUUAGAAGUCCUUGGCUUCAAUAUGAAAUCGGGUGGCGCAAUAACCGGAUUGCCUUACAUAGCUAGAUUGGGCGCCGGAGUGUUAUUUGCAGCUGCGGGUGAUUAUGUGCGAAGGAAAAACUUUUUGUCUCUAGGCUGGAUAAGAAAGAUAUUUAUGCUUUUCUCUCACAUAGGACCUGCAGUUUGUUUGGUAGUGAUGACAUAUGCCGGUUGCGACGCCACAACUGCGAUGAUAAUGUUAAUACUGGCGUUGACCUUCAAUGGAGCUGCAUGCCAGACCAACUUACAGAAUCAUCAAGAUUUAGCACCGAACUAUGCUGGUUCUUUGUACGGAAUUAUGAAUACAUUCGGUAGUUUCCCCGGAUUCAUUAUUCCACCCAUUAUUGGCGCUUUGACCAAUGAGAGGAACGGAGUUGAAGAAUGGCGUGUAAUGUUCUGGAUAUCGGCGGUAGUAUUUACAUCGGCAACGGUACUCUUUUGGCUAUUCGGAUCGGCGGAAAUCCAACCGUGGAACGAUACGACUCACACUAAAGUCCCUACUAUUGCCGAAGAGGAAAAGCGAAUAAACGAAACAACGACGAAAGAUACGGCGAUCGAUACGGAAACCGAAGAAAACGAACGUCUCUAAUGACUUAGAAAAUAAAAUGAAGGUAAUCUGUGUCCAUGUCUGUACACAAAUUAAUAGUCUAUUGUCGAAAAGAGAGCAAAUUUUGACUCUUUGUCAAAAAAUGUUACUAUUAUGUCAUAUUUUAUAUACCAAUUACAACCAAUAUUUGUACAAUCUUUGUACUUCCCAUUGUUAAACAAUUUUGGAUACAAAGAGAAUUAUCUCCUUGUUAACACAUAUUGAAACCUUGAAAUAGAAGAAUUAAAAUGAUGUACAGAAUAUUUAAUAUAGAAUAUUCAAUUAUGUUUUAAUACGUUUAGAAUAUUUGCGCUCCCUAAUUACAGAUACAUAUUGCUAGAAUAUCACGGCAGAUCUUUUGUAUUUAAUCCGAUUUAUAUUUUCUUAGAUGCGCGCGAAAAAAUUUUUCUCACGCUCUUUUUUUAUUGCUACCGCGUUUAAGACUGUAGGAUAUUUCAGAAGAUAAAACACAUUUUAGAUUUUAUAUAUUUUUCAUAAUUCUCACGCAUUUGUAUCGUCUCGAAUAUUUAAUUAUAAGUAUUUAUAUAUUUGAUAUUACGCUUUCGUGUCACGUGUACUACUUACAUUUUAUAACGUCAUGUCAUCAGAGCGUUAAAAGAGUUAUAAGUGUGGUAUUUAAACAAUGUAUCGAAAGGUAAGAAUACUCUGUAGUGCAUUUUUUUGUUUUGUGCCAAAGUAUAUGUAUUACGUUAUUCUCAUUGAAAGGUCAACGAAACUAUGAUCGGUGAAUCAAAUGGUAGGUGUAAGGAACCUUGGCACUGUCUUUGGGCCAAUAAAUGGCCGAAGUUAAGUUAGAUAUUAUAAAUAUUUUACGCUAGGCACAUUAAAUCGUCAUGUAUAUCUCUCAUUAUACACAAUAAAGCUUUCAUUGCGUGAGACGAUUUUAUAUAAUAUAUUAUUUUAUAUAAUAAACGAUGUGAUAUAUAUAUAUAUUCGCAGUAAUUUACGUACACACCAAUCUCCGCUUUAAUCGCGACCAGUGAUCUGUAGAUUGUUUAAUAUAUCACUUUAUUUGUGAACAUCUCGAAUAAAUUGGGACAUUAGAUGAUUAUGGAAUCGUACUCGCGAAUCACGAAGCGUUAUGAAUCCGGUGAUAAAAGUAGCUUAUCCUCUAAUUUUCGUUUGUGAGAUCUUUCUUGUACAUCCAAAGAAUAAUCCGAGAAAUCGUAAAAUUGAAUUACUCACAUCCGAAGAAGAACAUUACACUUGUGAAUAGGCGAAAAAAAAUAUACAUUAUGUUCGUAGAUGCGUUUGUUAUAAAAAAAUAUAAAAAACAAUAAAUGUCGUUCCUAUGUACUUUAAAAAGACGAUCAUUGUUCAAAUUGACCUAUUUCGACGCAAUGUUUGUUGUUUUAUCAAUAAUAAUGUUACUACGUAUGUAAUUACUUUAAAAUCUGUGUAAAGGAAAUGUUCAGCAAUAAUAUUGCGCACGUAACAAUCAUAAAGAAAAAAGAAUAUAUGAAAAUAAAACUCGCUGUUUUAAACUACAUGAUUUGUGCGCAUAUAUAUGUGUCAUAAUGUUAUUAAUUGCAGAGUUGUGUAUGUUAUUUAUAGACACAUAUUUUAAUAUAUGUUUAUUAAUUAAAUCAUGACUCACGACAGCAUUUGUUUUAUGAAAUUCAUAUUGCGAAUCGUACUAGGUCGUACAUGUAUAACAAAUGAUCGAAUAUAUUUUGUGCGAUUUCUCAUAUAAUAAUAAAGAAAUUGAUAUGUGUCUUUAAAAA